AUGUUGAACAACAACAACGACGACGACGACGACCAACAACCAACCACCCACCAACCACCACCACCAACCACCACCAACCACCACCAACCACCACCCACCACCACCCUCCCACCAACCACCCACCCACCAACCACCUACCAACCUCUCACCAACCACCCACCCACCAACCACCCACCAAUCACCCACCAAUCACCCACCAACCACACACCAACCACCCACCCACCAACCGCCACCAACCACCACCCAACCACCACCCAAUCACCCACCAACCAACCACCAACCAACCACCAACAAACAACCAACAAACAACCAACAAACAACCAAACAAACGACAAACAAACGAACGAACGAACGAACGAACGAACGAACGAACGAACGAACGAACGAACGAACGAACGAACGAACGAACGAACGAACGAACGAACGAACGAACAACAGCAGCAACAAAAAAC